UGCUCCCUGUGAAGCCCCGCAGAGAGAGGAGAGGAGGUGGGUGCGGAGCGUGUCGUGGGGCCUGGCUCGGGCUGAGCGAGGGGAAGGAGAAGCCUCUGGAAAGGGUGAGCUCGGGACGCAGAGCUGGAGGCCAACAGACCAUGGAGCUGAAAUGGCUACUGUAUGUGACCCUGCUAGCUCUUGGGGUCCUUGCUGCCCAGGCACAUGAUAUGGAUGAAGACAACGAUGCUGAUGAUGUAGUUGAUAUCGAGGAUGACUUGGACGAUGGCAUUGAGGAGGUAGAAGAGUCAAAAUCUGAAACAAGCAGUCCUCCUCCAGCUCCAAAGGUUACCUACAGGCCCCCAGUCCCAACUGGUGAAGUGUAUUUUGCGGAGUCGUUUGAUAAAGGAACUCUGGAUGGAUGGAUCCUUUCCAGAGCCAAGAAAGAUGAUACGGAUGAUGAGAUUGCAAAAUAUGAUGGUAAAUGGGAAGUCCAAGACAUGAAGGACACUAAGCUUCCAGGAGACAAAGGGCUUGUACUGGUAACCCGAGCCAAGCAUCACGCGAUUUCAUCCAAACUUUCAAAGCCAUUUGUGUUUGAUACCAAACCCCUUAUUAUACAGUAUGAGGUAAACUUCCAAAAUGGAAUAGAAUGUGGUGGGGCCUAUGUGAAAUUGCUUUCAAAAACCCCGGAGCUGAACCUGGACCAGUUCCAUGACAAAACUCCAUAUACAAUAAUGUUUGGCCCUGACAAAUGUGGAGAGGACUAUAAAUUGCACUUCAUCUUCCGGCACAAAAACCCAAAGACUGGCAAAUAUGAGGAGAAACAUGCAAAGCGUCCAGAUGCAGACCUGAAGAGUUACUUCACUGAUAAGAAGACUCAUCUUUAUACUCUAGUCUUGAAUCCUGAUAAUAGUUUUGAGAUACUGGUUGAUCAAACGGUUGUCAACAGUGGAAAUUUGCUAAAUGAUAUGUCUCCUCCUGUGAAUCCACCCCGAGAGAUUGAGGACCCAAAUGACCAGAAGCCUGAGGACUGGGAUGAGAGACCAAAAAUCCCAGACCCAGAUGCUGUUAAACCAGAUGACUGGGAUGAGGAUGCUCCUGCAAAGAUCGCAGAUGAGAACGCUGUGAAACCAGAGGGCUGGCUGGAUGAUGAGCCAGAAUAUGUAGCAGACCCUGAUGCUGAGAAGCCUGAAGAUUGGGAUGAAGAUAUGGAUGGUGAAUGGGAGGCACCUCAGAUUGCAAAUCCUAAAUGUGAGGCAGCUCCUGGCUGUGGUACCUGGCAGCGCCCAAUGAUUGACAAUCCAAACUACAAAGGCAAAUGGAAGCCUCCUAUGAUUGAUAACGUGAACUAUCAGGGUAUAUGGAAACCUAGGAAGAUCCCAAACCCAGAUUUUUUUGAAGACUUGGAACCUUUCAAGAUGACUCCCUUCACUGCUGUAGGACUUGAGUUAUGGUCCAUGACAUCUGACAUCUUUUUUGACAACUUUAUCAUCUGUACUGAAAGAGCUGUGGCUGAUGAUUGGGCCAAUGAUGGAUGGGGACUGAAAAAGGCAGCUGAUGGUGCCGCAGAGCCUGGUGUUGUGGGCCAGAUGAUGGCAGCUGCUGAAGAGCGUCCCUGGCUUUGGGUCGUCUACAUCCUCACUGUGGCUUUGCCAGUGUUCCUUGUUGUCCUUUUCUGCUGUUCUGGGAAGAAACAGCCAAGUGCUGCAGAAUACAAAAAGACUGAUGCUCCUCAGCCUGAUGUGAUGGAUGAUGAGAAAGAGGAAGAAAAAGACAAAGGGGAAAAAGAAGAGGAAGAGGAGGAGGAGGAAGCAAAUGAGGAAAAGCUGGAAGAAAAGCAGAAAGGUGAUGCUGAUCCAGGAAAUGCUAGUCAAGAGGAGGAGGAAGAGGAGGAGGAUGAUGACCGGAAACGUGCAUCAGAGGAGGAGGAAACUGUGAAUAGAUCACCCAGAAACAGAAAGCCAAGGAAAGAUUGAAAAAAGUCAUAAGAACUUGAUCUGUGAUUUUUUUUGUUUUGUUUUUUUUUUUCUUUUGUUUUGAAACAUGGUUCUGGGAGAGGACCUUGGACACCUUACAUUGAAACUUGGACAAACCUCAAGAUUUCACCAUCCACAGGUUCCAGUCACACUAUCCAAUGUAAUGGAGUGUCUAGCAGUAAAAUAUUUGCAAUCA